AUGAUCAACCUGAAACGAACGACAUUCAAGCGUCGACUAGGAAAUUACAACGAGAGGCUGACGCCUUUAAAGUUUAAGUAUAAGGCGAACGCCAAACAGUUUAUCUAUAAUGCUGAAGUCAAAGAUUUGGUUGUUUCCAUGGUAGAACAUCUUGCGAAAGAAAAUCCUAAUCGCGAGCAGGCGUUGGAAUACGCUAAAAAAGCUUUGGUAUUGAUACAUAAGCGCCAGAAGUUGAUUAAAUUGGCCAAUAAAAGUGAUGCGGGUUGGCUGGUCGUCGAGGAAUAUGAAAGUGACGAAUUGGCUGAUGAUUCGGAAGCCGACAAGAAAUCAGGAAGGCACAAGAUAAAGCUGCCAGGAAGAAAAAGCAAUUGCUGCAAACUAAGAAUAAGCGACAGCGAACGAACUCUUACGAGUUUCCCUAUGGCGCGGUGUGAGGUCGCCAGCUUUUUCAAG